AUGCCCGGACGGCCCUCCUCCCGCCUGCGUCAGGGCCUUGACAAUGAAGUCUAUCAGGCCGUGACUCAUCUGCUUCAGGAUCCUACCAACAGACCUGACGUGCGCAGUCUAUAUCAAGCCAUUCAGCGCUCCAACUCCAGUCUCAAACGCAAACCGAAGCGAUCUCUCGAAGACAGCCUCGAGCGCAUCCUUGACACUCUCCAAGAUGACGCUCAAGAAGACGAAGAGGCCGAGGCCGAGAAGCUCGCUUUCACAGAAGACGUUCCAAACAUCAUGAAUAAGAGCAUUACUGGCUCCUGGAAGAUUGCCACUCCGGCUACCGCUCCUGGCACCCCGGCAGUCAACGGCUCUGCAACAGAACUAAAAAAGAGGGAACCCAACGGAGAACCUGUCAAGAAGCGCCUGAAGCGUGACAAGAACGACGAAAUCGACCGUUCUCCGCCCACUGGCAUCGCUCUCGAGGACUUGGGUGGUGUCAACGAUGUCAAACGCCAGCUCAUGAACCUUCUGACUCUGCCUCUACUUCGUCCUCAACGCUAUGCCGAUCUCAACGUUCCUCUGCCUCGUGGUAUCCUUCUCCAUGGUCCUCCCGGAUGUGGUAAAUCUAUGCUGGCAAGAGCAAGUGCUGCUAAGCUCGGUGUUCCUUUCAUCGAGAUUGCCGGUCCAUCUGUCGUGUCAGGAAUGUCAGGAGAAUCCGAGAAACAAAUCCGCGAUCGUUUCGACGAAGCUCGUAAACACGCUCCGUGUCUGAUCUUCAUCGACGAGAUCGAUGUCAUUGCUCCGAAACGUGAGAGCUCGCAAAGUCAGAUGGAGAAGCGUAUUGUCGCCCAGCUUCUGAUCAGCAUGGACAGCUUGGCUCUGGAUAAUAAAGAGAACAACGGCAAGCCUGUGAUCGUGCUCGCCGCUACCAACAGACCCGAUACCAUUGAUUCUGCUUUGCGACGAGGUGGUCGCUUUGAUACCGAAAUCAACAUGGGUGUUCCUAACGAGCCUAUGAGAGAAAAGAUUCUGCGUACGCAGACGAGAAACACUCCCAUCUCCGACGAUGUCGACUUCCCUAAACUUGCAAAGAUGACUCCUGGUUUCGUGGGUGCUGAUCUGAGAGAUCUUGUUGGCAAGGCUGCUACUUGGGCUAUGGACCGUUAUCAAGAUGCCUUGAUCAGGCAGGUCGAGGCAGACACUGACGGAAUGGAGCUUGACGACAACCAGGAACCCAAUGUUGACGAACUAUGGGAUCGUCUUGUCAUUCGUGCAAGAAACACAGACAUGGAAGAGCCAGAGGGCUUCGAGACGACCAUCAUCCCUAUGGAAGCUUUUUUGACUGUCCUACCCACCAUCACCCCGUCCUCCAAGCGUGAGGGCUUCGCAACGAUACCAGACACUACCUGGGAUGACAUCGGUGCACUCACCAGUGUCAGAGAAGAGCUUCAAACUGCUAUCGUGGAGCCCAUCAAAUCGCCCGACUUGUAUGCUGCCGUUGGUAUUUCUGCGCCUACUGGUGUCUUACUCUGGGGUCCCCCCGGUUGUGGUAAGACAUUGCUCGCCAAAGCAGUCGCAGCCGAGUCCAAGGCCAAUUUCAUCAGUGUCAAGGGUCCAGAACUACUCAACAAGUACGUCGGAGAAUCAGAACGCGCAGUGCGUACACUCUUCAACCGCGCUCGCUCAUCGGCACCUUGUGUCAUCUUCUUUGACGAACUCGAUGCACUUGUGCCUCGUCGAGACGACUCGCUUUCUGAAGCUUCUGCACGUGUUGUCAACACCUUACUCACAGAGCUUGACGGUCUGUCUCAUCGCGCGGGCAUCUACGUUAUCGCUGCGACAAACAGACCCGAUAUCAUCGAUGAGGCCAUGAUGCGCCCCGGUCGUCUUGAAACCAAGAUCUACGUUGGUCUGCCUGGCAUGGAGGAGCGUGUCGAGAUCUUGAAGGCUCUGAUCAAGUCAAGAUCCAAGGAAGGUAGAGCAGGUGUAUGGCCGGUCGGUAUCGAAGAGAUUGCUCGCAACGAGAAGUGCAAUGGCUACUCUGGUGCUGAUCUCGAAUCACUUUUGCGACAAGCUGGGCAGCACUGCUUGAAGCGCGGAGACAGCAAGGUCGCCCAGGAGGACUUCCAGUACGCCAUCAGUGUUGUACACAAGAGUGUCGGAAGUAUCGAGAAGUAUGAGAAGCUGAAGAAGAAGUUUGCAAGUGGAUUUUGA